ACCAACCGCCAUGCACAAAGCUCUCUGCAAAGCAGUAAUAUACAGCAUGUACCGCAGGCAGGCUUUAGGACCACGUUUCUAAGUAGGCAGUGGUAACCCAAGGAGAAGGCAUUCAUUCGGGAGUGAGUUUGAGUUGGUUCACCAAUUCAGACCGAAACGCUGCAGCAUCAGCAUCGCCACUAUUACAGCAAGGUGAAGUAAAAACUACGCUCGCAAAAAGGCUGCACGUCCUUGGGACCUGGUGAUCUAAAACGUGUUUUUGGUUGUUUAUAAUUUGUUAACAUUAAUAAAUAAAAGUGGCAACUCUUUCCAGGAUCCUUCCAAAAGGAGCCAUGGAUUGUAUAAGAAGACACACAUUUAUUAAUAUCGCUGUCAGCGUUUUGAUAGUUAGCAGCUCCAGCCAUGCUUUAUUGGACAAGUCCCUGGAGGAGAACUUCAUGUUCCCCCAUCGCUUGAGGCCAGAGGACGAGAGCCAAAUUACCUCCUGUGAUUUUGAAUCACCGUGCUCCUGGAGCUUCUCCAAUCACAGCAGCAGAUAUGAUUGGAGGGUCACAUCACCACAGCAACACAGAUCCAGCACAGAGGCCAUGAGACCGGUCAGCGACCAUUCGGAGGGGAGCUCUGAUGGUCACUUCCUGCUUUUGAGUGCCUCUGCGGCCUCCAGGGCAUCUAGAAAGUGUGAAUACCACAUCACUAGUCCAGUGGUCUACAGUAGUGGCCCACUGUGCCGUCUGCAGCUGGCCCGUUUUGAGUUGGGGCCCACCGCUGGAAACCUCUCAGUCUUAGUGAAACCAGUCGACUCGGCAUCUGUCAUCAGCACAACAGCUCUCAGUGGCAGAGCCCAAGAUGGCACCAGGGCCCAGUGGGAGGUGCUGGAGACGGUGAUUGGAGAGGUGGAUGAGCCCUUCCAGGUGACCCUGCUCUACUCCACUUGCCUGGGGAAGGAUAGGGGGACUCUGGCUCUCGACUCCCUGGAGCUCAUAGACUGUGACAUGGGUCACCAUGAAUUACAGCUGGGCACAGACUGUGACGAGAUCACUUCUUUCCACUGUGAGCUAGGAGGCUGCAUUGACAACACUAGAGUAUGUGACUUCCACAGUGACUGCCCCCUAGGGGAGGACGAGGGAUUUAUCUGUGACACUCUGCCUUAUGGAGCCCACUGUUCCUUUGAGCCUGGGCCCUGUGGCUGGUCAACGUCCAGUGAGCUGUCCUCUUGGAGGAGGGUCAGUGGGGAGGAACUGGAACACACUAAAGACAUGCUGGGGACAGCUCUGCAAAACACCCAAGGGCACUUCCUGUUCCUGGCGGUGAGAGGGAACAGUUCCAGUAUUAAAGCGUCUGUCCGAAGUUCCUCAUUCCCCCGACCGCUCUCUACCAUAGCCUGUCAGUUGCAUUUCUCCCUGUAUCUCUAUGGGGAGUUUAAUGGCACCGUGCUGCUGUCGCUAGAGGAUAACAGUACUGUUGCAUCCCCGUUGGUGUGGGAGAGGUCUGGACAGUGGAAAGACAACUGGCAGGACAUCACUCUGCAGCUACCUGCCCUCCUCAAUGGGUUCCACCUCAAGGUUAAGGCUCUGUGGGGACCAGGCUCCAAUGCUGACAUCGCCCUAGAUGACAUCGCCCUGGGGGCAGCAUGCUUUGACACGGAUCUCAACUCCCUGCUGCUCGGACACAGAUUCCUCCAUGAAAUGGACUCCAUCAGUGAACUGGAUUUCUUCAGCCCCCUCCCAGAGCCCUCUGCCUCAGAGGUGUCCCUGAUGACCUGGUGGUUCACAUCCUGUGGGGCCAGUGGCCCCCGAGGUCCCACCCAGGCCCAGUGUGACAGCGCAUACCGCAACACCAACGUCAGUGUCACAGUGGGCAAGGAGGGUCCGUUCAAAGGAGUGCAGACCUGGAGGGUACCAGCCACCAACAGAUACAUGAUCUCAGCCUAUGGAGCUGCAGGUGGCAAAGGAGCAAAGAACCACAACAAGCGUUCCCACGGUGUCUUCAUCUCAGCCAUCUUCCCUCUAGAGAAGGGAGACAUCGUCUAUAUACUGGUGGGACAUCAAGGGGAGGAUGCCUGUCCAGGGAGAAAUCCUCUGACACAGAAGAUCUGCCUGGGGGAAUCCUCAGUGAUAGAAGAUGAGUUCACUGGUGAUGAUUGGGCAGGUGGUGGAGGAGGCGGCGGAGGAGCCACCUAUAUUUACAACAUGGAGGGUGGAGUACUGGUGCCUCUACUCAUAGCAGCUGGUGGUGGAGGUAAAGCCUACCUGGAGGACCCAGAGAGCAGCUUGGACCAGAUCCCUCUGGAGCAGUAUGAGAAUGACACGGUGGCCGCCAGCUCCAACGGCAAGACUGGGGCAGCAGGGGGAGGUGGAGGUUGGAAGGACUCCUCCAGCCACUUGUGGGCAGGGAAGUCUCUCCUGGAGGGGGCCGAGGGGGGUUCCUCUUGUCCCCAAGCCUUAUCCAAACUGUCCUGGGCCACCUUCGGGGGGUUUGGAGGGGGAGGGGGAGCCUGCACUGCUGGAGGAGGAGGCGGCGGAUACAGAGGAGGCGAUGCCGCGCUGACUGAUGACAUCACAGCGGGCGGUCAGGAUGGCAUCUCCUUUGUUCAUCCCAUGGGGGAGAUAUUUCUCCAGCCGCUGGCAGCCAUGGAGAGCCAUGGAGAAUGUGAGAUCAAGGUGCAGCUCAAUUGCAGUCACUGCCAGACCCAGAGCUGCAAACGAGACGAGGACACUCGACUCAUCCUCUGCCUCUGUCACAACGAGGAGGUGCUGGCCAGUGACAAUGUCACCUGCACAGCAGCCCCUCAGGGCCUCACCCCAAAAGGCCAGCUGUCCCUGUCCCUCAUCCUGGCCGUGGUGGCAUCUAUCGUGGUGACGGGCAUCGUCCUGACCUGCGCCAGCCUCACCAUCAUAUACUACCGUAAGAAGAACCAGCUGCAUGCUGUCAGGCUGCGUCUCCAGAGUCCAGAGUACAAGCUGAGUAAGAUCCGGUCAUCCACCAUCAUGACAGACUACAACCCAAACUACUGCUUUGCUGGCAAGGCUGCUUCACUGAGCGAGCUGAAGGAAGUACCACGCAAGAACAUCACCCUCCUCAGGGCGUUGGGCCAUGGAGCAUUUGGGGAGGUGUAUGAGGGCCAGGUUCUAGGGAUGAAUGGCGAGAACACAGCCAUGCAAGUGGCCAUAAAGACUCUUCCGGAGAUCUGCUCCGAACAGGACGAGAUGGAUUUCCUGAUGGAGGCCCUGAUUAUGAGUAAGUUCAGCCACCAGAACAUAGUGCGCUGCAUCGGGGUGAGUCUGCAGAUCCUGCCCCGCUUCAUCCUCCUUGAGCUGAUGACUGGAGGAGAUAUGAAGAGCUUCCUGAGACAGAACAGACCCAAAACGAGUCAGAGCUCCUCCCUCACCAUGCUGGAGCUGUUACACGUGGCCAGAGACAUCGCCUUCGGCUGCCGUUACUUGGAGGAGAACCACUUCAUCCACAGAGACAUAGCUGCCAGGAAUUGUUUGCUGACCUGCCCUGGGCCAGACAGAGUGGCUAAGAUAGGGGACUUUGGAAUGGCACGUGAUAUAUACAGGGCCAGCUACUACAGAAAGGGCGGCCGUGCCAUGCUGCCCGUCAAGUGGAUGCCGCCAGAGGCCUUCAUGGAGGGCAUCUUCACCUGCAAAACUGACACCUGGUCGUUUGGAGUACUGCUCUGGGAGAUUUUCUCUCUUGGCUACAUGCCUUACCCCUGCAAGACCAACCAAGAGGUUCUGGAGUUUGUGACGAGUGGGGGGAGGAUGGAUCCCCCGAAGAGCUGUCCCGGGCCUGUUUACCGGAUCAUGACUCAGUGCUGGCAGCACUGCCCUGAACACAGACCCAAUUUCUCCACCAUUCUGGAGAGGAUCAACUACUGCACUCAGGACCCUGAUGUGAUCAACACACCCCUGCCUGUGGAGUAUGGCCCCACAAUAGAGGAGGACUUGAGCACUGUGAUCUGCCCUGACACCUCAGGCAGUCUGACCCCUCUGCUGGUGGCCCCCUCCCAGGAGGUCUCUCCCCAGCUCAGCAGACUGGGUCUGGGCAUUGGUCCCACCCCGCUGCCCCAACCACACAAGCCCCGUCUGCUGCUACAUAGGCCCCAGCAGCUGCCUCAGGAGGUGGCCUCAUACCGUGAGGCCCUGGAGCCCUGCUGGGCUGAGCCUGUCCCUGCUCCAGGGGUCUGCCCUGGGGGCUGGCUCCAACCUGAGCCCCUCCUCCAGCCCUGCUCCAGGAACAGCUCCUUCUCAGGCAGCCAGAGGCUCAAAAACAAGACCAAGAACCUGUGGAACCCAACCUAUGGCUCUUGGGUGCUGGAGAGCUUUGGUCAGGGGAAGACAGCACUGUCUCAUACCCAGUCCAUGCCCCUGUCCAGCAGCUGCUCUGCCCUCCAGGCAGUACCCCCUACCUCCGAGUGCACCAACUCUGGGUGCGAUGGCAGCCUCGGCCUCCCUGGUCCCAGCAGCCUGUGCUCCUCAUCCCCCUUCUCGUCCUGCCAGACCCUUUCUGCUCCCCAGGGUGCACCCAGCCUCAGCCUGGUGUCCUCCCGGAAGGGCCCAGCAGGAGGCGCCAGUGGGGGCCAGACCGUGGACCUGGCUAAACUGCAGAGCUUCCCCUGUGGCAACGUCAACUAUGCCUACGACGAGCAGAGCUACGAGGUGGAGAGACUGCCCCUGGUGGUGCCCAAAAGCCCAGAGCCCUGCCCCAGCACCAGCUGUGCCCCCAGCGGCUCUUUCUCCUCCUGCUCAGGGGCAGGCCUGGGUGCAGCCUCCUCUUGUAUGCCCAAACUGCUACUGAAGCGCCACGCCAGCUAUGGACACGAGGAUGUGAGGAAGCACACCAAACCUGAGAAACCCACCCGGGACAGAGACUCAGGCUUCUCCCUGUCGGAGGACCUGAGCGUCACCCCUGUCUAAAUGUGGCUCCUGGGGGGGGAGAAGCAGAACCCCGGAACAGACCACACAGAUCAAUGGCCACGCACAGGAACACACUACUGGAGACGGCAGCCAUUUUGACCAAAUCAUUCACUCCCUUUUGUCUAUUCAUUGUUUUAUUUUAUACAGUUUUGGUGCAACUGAUGCAUUCUAGUUAGCGUAGGCAAUGAGAGAAUUAUAUGAAAGGCACAGUAGCAGGAAAACACAACAGUUUACAGACCGGAAGAGAUGCUGCAUUGCCAGAAGACGGGUGGUAUGUUCUCUUCCUGAUGUGGAAUAUGACACAUCCCAUGAAGGCUGUCACUGGCACAGAAGCACAUCCAAGCCUCAGUGGGUUUCUAGGCCCUUGCUGGAUUCAUCUGUUCAGUGUCUACUCUGCUUCGGGGCUCUUUUGUUAGUCCAUUCCUUUCUUCUCUGUUUCUACCAUUACCUUUUUUAUCCCAACAACAAUCCUCUACCCUUGAGCAAGGGGGGUUUGGUUCGUCACUGAAACGAUGGAUAAUAAAGUUGUAUUGUAGGUUUACACUGGAAUGAAUGACUGGGAUUGACUGCUAAAUCAAUACUGUGGAGACAUAAGAAUCUCUGGUUUCCCUAUGCAGGUGAUGGUAAGGCAGAAAGGAGAAUUACAUUGUGCGAGGAUGCUAUGACGGGUACAGUCUAGACUAGUGUAGGAGCUCCUUGCGAUAAUUAUAAUGACUUGUCACCUAAAAGGUGCAUGACCAAUGUAAUCUCGUUUAGUAUUGUCAGUUAUUUUGUAGAUAGUUUAAAUGUAGUAAUUUCCACACUUAUUUUCUUAAUUCUAUUGUCUACUAAUACUUUACCCUCUCUACGUGCAUUUAAUCAAAUGGUGGCUAUUCUCACUUUUUACGGAGGGUUUUAGAGAAACCUACAGCAGGUCAUGUGGUAGGAAGUCCUCUGUGUCCAUACUACUGAAUUUCACCUUGGCAACACCAAAACAUGAUAUACUAUUAUUUGACAUUGGAAUUCCUUAAACUGGACUAACUUUGUACAUUUGUAGCAAUUAUUCUUCAUUUCUAAAAAGUGUAUUUAUGUUUGUCUUGAACACUACAGGUUUGUACUGUACCUCCUCCCCCCAGCAGGGGACAGCAUCCUCAUAUGAAAUACCAAAUAGUUGAGGGCUUGUUUGCCAUUUACUUUUUUGAUUCCUCAGUAUUUGUUAUGAGCUGCAGUUAAAGGUUGCUGAUGUACAUGUUAGCUUAUUACACUGAAAUAAAACAUUGUUUACUGGA